AUGGAAAUAUGUCGCAGCAUUUGUCUAAUACGAUGUAUACGUAAGGUGUUGUAUAAUACCGUAACCCAUCGGGAAAAUGGCACUUUGGCAAACAGAUUACCGUUGGUCAAACCCACCUCGGUAUCUCGUUCCGACUGGGAACGCCAACGGCGUCAAGAGGAGGAGUCGUCUUGUGUUGAGGAUUCUAUAGAUGCCGAAGCAUGGCGAGGAAUGAUGCGGAACCAGAAGGGUUUUGGCAGACCUCACACGCACAAGUCCAAAAUUGGAACAACCUUCAUAGCAAGGCUACAGAAUGUAACGGAUAACACACAUAAAGAUGAACUGCAUAAGCUGCUGAUGGAAAUAUCACGUCACAUUGACGAGUUCAAUGAGUACGAGCUGAUCGAUAUAGGCUAUUAUUUGACCCGUGUCAAUAGUCCAGAAUGUUCCACGGUGGUAGAGCCAAUUCUCCACCGUUUUUUUUCAUUGCCUGAGCGCCAUUCAUGUUUGAAUGGCGUAUAUAUACAUAGGCUGCUGCGCACGAUGUUCAUCUACCAGGAUGUAACAUAUCGCGUAUGGGUAUACGAGAUAGCCCAAAUCGUUGGGAUGAAACAUCGACACUUGCUUAUGAGGGACGUGCAGCUUAUUAUAGACGAUCUGUCCCUCUUCUACGACGCGGCAGCCCAGGGCGCACUGACCAAGUUCGAGGACGUCAUCAUCAAGCGUGCACACGAGCUCGAAAUUGGUAGGCUACCUCUGGUGAUUCAUGCGCUUGGUCGUUCUGGCUACAACACUAUAGAAGUUGCAAAAGUCAUCCAUGAUGUCUACAUGCAGAAAAAAGGACAUCCUGACUUUUAUCGUUGUCAUCAUAUUGGACUGUUACUUAAAGGUUACGCAACAUUUCAUUUCCACCCUGGACGAGCCUUUUUGGACGAUGCUUGGGUGCACCUGAAGGAAAGUAUCAAAACGGCAGAGUUCAAGUACAUAUCAUGGCUUGCUGAGUCUUUCCUGAGGAUGCGUUAUGCUGAUCAUGCUCCAGCUGUGCUGGAAGAGCUACUCGACAAGCAGCACCUGCUGAGCCACUUGGAAUUCACUGAUUUCAUUUCAGGCUGCUGGUCGAUACAGUCGCACAUAUUAUCUCAGGAGUUUCGGCGUUAUGUAGUACCAGGUUCUGAGUGGCAGUUGACUGGCCAGCAUGACGAUGCCGCUAAUGCGGUGGAUGGAAUUGACGAGACUACAAACACAUUGUACACAUACUAUCACAAGCUCAUGCGCGCCAUCAUGUCUAAUAUGUCAAACAAGAUUUAUAACUCAACUCCACCUUAUCGUGCUACUCAGUUUGAACUUCUGACUCGACUUUUGGUAAUCUAUCCCAAUCCGCGUGAUUUCAGGGAAAUAUUACCGUUGAGGAAGUUUGAUGCUGUCUACCCAAUGUUGCAAUUUUCAUCGGAGGAGCCGGUGGUGGGAAGCAUAGAAUAUCUAUUUACAAACCACACUCACCUCCAGGCUUCUGGUUACUUUGGGGACGGGCACACUUUGGAUGAGAUUUUGGGAGAUCCACCCCUAUCUACUAGGCACGAAGGAUCCACCCCUGGACCGUUGGACCACACUACUGCACCGCUUUCGACAAAGCUCUCGCGUUCCUCCAAGGAUCAAGCCCUCGCUCCGCUACCUGACCUUUUGAAGCAAUACUUGCACUCCAUGUUCUUUCGGACUCCUGCUUUGGCACCGCGUGGUAUACGGAUCUUGUUGCAGGGAUUGGUCCGCAUACACUUUGAGCUUCGUGAAGAUUGUAUCAUGGAACCGGACUUGUUGCCACCGAUGAAAACAAAACACUAUUCACGACCGCUUUCACGUGCGAUAAUCCGGGAGGUGUACAGAAAGUUGGCUUGUUACAAUACUGACGACCUGCUUAUCACGUUGUAUUGUAUGUUCCCUCUGCGUAUGUUUGAGUUGGAUCUCGCACCCACACUGCUGGCACAGCUCACUGGGAUGUGGGCCCACCAGCUGGAGGAAAGUUCGUUGACCUCUGAACAGCGGCGUCUAAUUCGGAUAUUCUACGAGACCUUGAGCGUCAACGCAGCUGAACUGAGCAACGGAUUGAAAGGGCAAUCGCUGGACGCCAUCAUGCGGUACUGCUCGCUCGGGGACUGA